UGUGUGCAGUCCCAGCUGUAUAAAACCAGCGCGCGAUCAGAUCUCUGGUACCUUCCACAACAACUCAUUCGCAAACUGAGUGACGCGAGAUCUCAAAGGGACUUUCGAGCACUUUAAGGAUAUUCUUAAGGCAAAAAUGGAUCCUUGCGAUUGCGCCAAGACUGGAGCUUGCAACUGUGGUGCCACCUGCAAGUGCACCAAUUGCCAGUGUACAACCUGCAAGAAGAGUUGCUGUUCUUGCUGCCCGUCUGGUUGCAGCAAGUGCGCCUCUGGCUGCGUGUGUAAGGGCAAUUCCUGCGGCUCCAGCUGCUGUCAAUGAGGAGGUCAACGUGAUGUUUUGUUACAACAAUGUGAACUUGUUCGUCUGUGCUGGGCGUCUUCGCUUUUCCAUCGCAUGAAUGUUUUAUUUUUACAUGAUUCUAAUAAACGACCUCCCUGUUGUUCUCAAAGUCUUGUUUAGUUUUGCCAAAUCGUUUAACAACUGCUAGAGGGAAAUGAUUCACUGAGACUAUAACCACGUGUUUGUUCUUCAUAAAAGGACAAUUUGUAAGUUUUUAUAUAAUGUACUUUGUCUACAAUAUAUAAAUGUCUGCAAUUAUUGACUGA